CGGUAAGCCGAAGGAAAGACCGACCUCACCACCACCACCACCUAACCACCAGUCUCAGAUUGCCAACAGCAGAUAGGCCCGCGUCAGUCACCCGUGUAAGAAGACGGCGGGGGGAAGGGGGGAAGGCGCGGUAGAAGGAAGAAGGGUCGUCGAGUUUUCGUCGUUCGUCACCACCCACUCCCUUCUCUCUCCCUCUCUCUCUCUGUCUUCUGUCUCUCUCACCCUACCUGUUGCUUGCCAUUACAAAGCUGUUGAGAGCUUCGUAGAGAGAGGCUGCUCUGUGUCUGAGUUCCUUGUACAAAGUGACAGUGACUGUGUUGUGGAUAAUUCGUUUUUGUUCGUGUUUCUGUAUAUCAUUAUACAGAGACGAGUGACCCGUCGAAGGAUAUUAUUAUUGCUGAUUCGUUGAUUUUGUGUUUAUAUCACGUGCUUUAGCUGAUUCAGUCUCGGAAUAGUCUGUGUCGUCACUUGUUAUUGACCUAACAACUUUAUUGACACUGUGGUUAAGUACCCGUGCUGGUGUUUUAUAUUUGUUUUGACAAGGACUGUUCCAUUUUUGGCUAAGUGCGCCCUAUUGUGCAGAGACUACAAGAUCUGUUUGUGUAACGAACUAACCGUCAAAGGGCGGCAUCAUUUGUUUUGGAUAAGGGACAGCCAAUGGAACGAAAAUGAAGCUGAGUUACUUUGGACAAAUUAUCUCUUGAGUGAGAACGUGGCAUGCUUUCCCUCUGACAGGACGCAUUCCAGCGAGCUGGGUUCAUUUCACGGAUACUGUAUUUUCGUCGUUGUUUUAUAUUGGUUUUGCUAUAUGAAGUAGGGGGAAAUGAAAGAGGACAUGAUGUUUCGGUCUUCCUUUGUUUCAAAUAUUUGACGGCGUGUGUGUGUGUAUACCAUUGUCAGUGCUGAAUAGCCACAAACUUGGUUGAGAAGGUGCCAUGGCGUUCUUCUCUCGUUAUAAGUCGGCGCCACAAUUACUAAAUGCCGGCGACAAUACGUAUAUCAUCGUUGGUCUGCGAGGACCAAGCGACGACGAGGAUGACGACGACGAUGAGGAGGAGGAGGAGGAAGAAGAAGAGGUGGAAACAAUCCACAUUGACACUUACGAAAUAAGCGACCUCGACGCCAAAAGAAUUGAUACUGGCGAUGUGGAAUCUGCUUCCGCUUCCGGUGAGAGCGCGCCAACAAGCAGCACACUCUCCGUCAAUAAUCCAAUGGAGUUCUCUCCCCUUAGCGAGUCGGAGUCGUCGCCUUCUGUAACACACAGAACAUGGAAGAAAAAGCGAAGGGCGCCGCUUCCACCCGACAUGUCUCCGGUCCUGAGUUUGAGACACAGCUACGCCUUUGACUCCACCGGUGGCAUGCGUCUCCGGACAUCCACGGAUACCGACUCAGUGGCGUCGGAGAACAUCGGUUUGUUCUAUCAGAACUCUACGGACAGCGAGCCUUUGCUGCCUGAAUCGGCGCGGGGCUCCAACUUUCCCGGAGAAUUAGCAGGGGUAGACAAUCUGUACAGCCUACGCAGUCCUAGGAUUGACCAUCUGCGGGCUGACAAUUUGGGGGACAACCUGAGUGGUUCCAGUUCGAGUGAAAGGUUAAGCGGAAGUUUGCCUCGAUCUCCCCGAGAACGCUCGAAGCUCAAGAAAAUCCAGGACGCACUCCGCUCUCCACAAAUUGGCCGGAAAAAGUCGAAGAAGGAAAAGAAUGAUGGUGUUAAGACAUCCCCAAAAGUGAGAAAAAGUAAAAUUGAAGAAGGCAGCAAAUCUCCCCGGAUUCGAAAGAGCGCUAAUUUCGAACCAAUGCCAGAAAUGUCUGACUGGAUUAUUGCAUGUCUAUGUGACGACCUAGAAGCUGAACAAGAGUUUGAGGU